CUUUAGACGAUGCACGUAUUUGUAAGCUUCUUUUAGCUUAUUUUCCUUUAGCGCGAAAGAAAUACGAUCGAUAACACAAAGCCGCGUGCAAAAUAAAAACGUUAGCUUAAAUCAUCAAAUCCGUUAUUCGCGUGCUUACAAUUUAUCGAAUUAUUUUUGAGGUGUCAAUUAAGAUAUCGAUGGAUUCGCGUGACAACCGGCGUCAACAAUGUAGCCAUAGAGACGCGGUGUUGACAGCUUGACAGUUAGCAAUUUACCGUGAUUAUUUAAAUUACAAAAGUUACAAUGUCGAUUUACUUUUAUAAAAUAUGUUAAAAGUUGAUUAUUGUUUGUUGAAGAUUUUUUGAAGAAAAUAAUUGAUUAUACUAAGAAAAACAAACACGAUCAAAAAUGGGGAAUGGCAUGAAUAAGGUAUUGCCGGGUCUCUAUGUUGGCAAUUAUAGAGACUCCAAGGACCCAGUGCAGCUGGACAAAUACAAAAUAACUCACAUAUUAUCUAUACAUGAUGCAGCUCGAAGAUUACAUGCAGAUAAACACUACCUCUGCAUUAUGGCAUCCGACUCUCCUGACCAGAACCUGACUCAGUAUUUCAGCCUUUGUAACGAUUUCAUACACGCUGCGCGUUUAAGAGACGGAAAUGUUCUUAUACAUUGUUUAGCUGGCAUGUCUCGGAGCGUGACGGUGGCUGUCGCAUACAUAAUGUCCGUCACGCCGUUGACUUGGCGUGAAGCAUUAAAAGUAGUACGGGCGGGGCGUGCCGUCGCCAACCCUAAUCUCGGAUUCCAGCGUCAAUUGCAAGAUUUCGAAACCUACAAGCUUGUGGAAGAAAGAAGGCGUCUUAAAGAACGAUACCCAUCUCUAGCUUUAGCAGAUAACGAUCUUGCAGAAUGCCGUGUAAUGCUUGACUCCUAUCAAACUAUGCUGAGCCAGCGAACCAUCUGUGAAGGAAAAUGCUCAAUGGGUCGACAGUGUCCUACGGGUGUAUGCAGAACUGGUUCCAAGAGGCAGCCACGACCGCGAAGGCCGUCAACGACGUCAAGCGCGACUGAUUCUGCCGGGAUGAAGAGAUCGCCUUCGACCUUGUCAACGACAUCAACCGCGUCUGGUUACCGACCACGAUCUUCACCGGCUGGCCUUUAUAGUUACACUGGAGUUCCUUCUCGGCCAACUCGAUCAGCGUCAGGGCUAUCCAUAACCCGUGUGACUGAUCCUGUCGGCGGUGGAUCAGCAAUGGCAGUCGGUGGUAGUGAAUACUCUCGACGACGAGCCGCUUCAGCACCCGCUACACCAGCGCUAUCUCCAGCGUCAUCGCCACCUGGGUCACCACAUCGAGCUCCGCAUAGUGGUGGUUGUGCAUGGGUCAUACCUACAGUGAACUGGGAUCCCGACUCAUUGUGAUCGUGUCACGGGUACUUGUCUCCACAGUGACGCCCGCACAAGAUCGCGUGCACUACAACGUUGCUCGUAGCAGGCAACGCAGCGUGGUACCGCACCCGGCCAGCGCGCUAAACGCAUUUGACGUCCUUUGUAUUAAACGUACCUACAUUCCACUGAGUCCCGUUACAAUGCUGUGUUCAGAUAAGCUAAGCGUAUUAUAAUUAUAGUCUGUUAGGAAAUGGGUCAUUUGCUCCCUUACAGCUAUGAAUACUUUACAGCUAAUGUUUUAUCUGCGAGCAAAUUGACGUUGCAUUUUUAACGAAAAGUUUGGAUUUAAUGGAAUGCUAAAGUAAGUUAAGGAUAUUAACUUACAUAAGUAAAGUGGGUUUUCAUAAAGGCCAACCAAGGACUUUUAUUGUAUUCGUCCUCAAAUUUGUGACGUUUUAUUAUUUUCAGCGAUGCUAGUUCCAUGGAAGAUAUUUUAAAGGAAGUAUUCGAUGUAAAUAAAUACUGAAAUGCCUGUGAUUGUGUGAUUUAUUAAUAAACAUCGAAGAAUGUCUAGAACUAUUUAUAGGUAUACAUAAUGAUUUUUUUAUUUUUGCGUGCCUGAAGAACACUAAACGGAUACUUGGCUUCGCCUACGUUUACUGGACUGGCGAUAAUUGUACUAUAUUUUUAUAUGUAAAUUCAGUUCACUGGACCUUGCAAGGUUGCGUGUCUAUAAUUUAUUUCUUUUUUAUAUAAUUAAUGCACUUUUUGUACACAUUAUAGAAAAGUUGUAAUACCUUAACACGGUAUAUUUACAGACACGUUUGUUGUUAGAAAUAUAAAAUAAAAACAUGAAUAUUAAGAAAGCGACAAGAAUUUGAAAAUGAACAACAAGUGCCCCAAACAGUGACGUUUUUGGGACCUAGGUAUCUAUAUGUUUUUAGACGAUUAACUGCUUUAUAUUUUACACUUUUACAUUAUCAUACUCUGCAAAUACAGAGAUCACUGACUUAAUUUAGCGCUGUCCAAACGAUCCAUCAAAUAUACGUAAAGCAGAUCCCAAUUGACAUCGUGAAUUAGUUAAUUCGACAUCGUUACCCUAAUUCGACCAAUACCUACCUUAAUUUGGCGCUGGUAAUACAUUGUUUGUAGCAGAAGACUAUCCUCUCGCAAUUUUUA